AUGCAGAAUAACAUAAUCACCACAAUGCGCAGCCUGAAAGUCAUAGACGGAUGCAAAAGCGCCCAAGUGUGCGCCGUCAAUCCGUCCGGUCCGGCCUCGGACAUGGGCGGCGGAGGCAGUGGUUACGGAGAGAAACUUUUCCAACAUCUCCAUGAUCAUAUCCGGAUGAAUUCGAUCCGGGCGAGAUCGAGUCGCAACUACCAAGCCCCGAACGAGACUCCGAGCGUAUUGAUCGAGACUUUGCUCCCUUAUGGCCUGCCUAUGACCGAGCUUCUCGAGCCCCAGAUCGAACGGUGCCUCAAAUCUGUCGACUUCGUCGAGGCCCUAGCUCGUAUGUACCGGAAGAUAGAAAACUCGCAGCAGUUUGAAAAAUCCGAUGCGUAUAUAGAACAAGGUUUGAUCUUUCGGGGAUUGUCGGAUCCGAAGCUAGUCCGACGAAGCCUUCAAUCCGCCAGGCAACACGCUGUUGAUGUUCAUGCCAAAGUCGUUCUCGCUGCGUGGUUGAGAUUCGAGAGGAGGGAAGACGAACUCAUCGGUACAUCCUCCAUGGAUUGUUGUGGGAGAAACAUCGAGUGCCCCAAGGCCAAUUUGGUACCGGGCUAUGAUCCGGAAUCAGUUUAUGACCAUUGCAUCUGUCCUCGGGGUCCUAGAGAGGACGACGACGACGACGACGAUCUAUCCAUGAAAGAUGAGGAAUGUUCAACUUCGGAGGAAGACGGUGAUAUGUCAUUUUUUGUCGGGGACGAUGAGGUGAGGUGUUUUCGGUCUAAGAUAGCAUCCCUUUCCAUACCAUUCAGAACGAUGUUAUACGGCGAUUUCAGGGAGUCGCAUCGAGAGAAGAUAAACUUCACCCAAAACGGAUUCUCGCUGAAAGGAAUGAGAGCCGCUGAGAUAUUUAGCAGGAAAAGAUUGAAUUCUUUCGACCCGCAAAUCGUUCUGGAGCUCCUCUCGUUUGCAAACAGGUUCUGUUGUGAGGAAAUGAAGGCUUCCUGCGACGCUCAUUUAGCUUCGCUGGUGCACAGCGUUGAAGACGCCAUGCUAUUCAUCGAUUACGGAUUGGACGAGACGGCAUAUUUCUUAGUCGCGGCGUGCUUGCAGUUGUUCUUGAGAGACCUACCGAGCUCGAUGCACAAUCCGAACGUCAUGAGAUUGUUCUGUAGCUCGGAGCCAAGGGAAAAGAUGGCUACCGCCGGGCACGCGUCGUUUACAUUAUACUACUUCCUAAGCCAAAUUGCAAUGGACGCAGACAUGAAAUCGAAUACAACGGUAAUGCUUCUGGAAAGAUUGGUAGAGUCUUGCACCGAUUCCUGGCAGAAGCAGGUCGCGCUACACCAGCUCGGAGUCGUGAUGUUAGAAAGGAAAGAAUACAAAGACGCACAGCAUUGGUUCGAGGCCGCCGUAGAGGCGGGGAACCUCUACUCAUUAGUCGGUGUGGCGAGGGCCAAGUACAAACGGGGACACAUGUACUCGGCGUACAAAUUGAUGAGCUCGCUCAUUUCUGAGCAUGGACCGACGGGGUGGAUGUACCAAGAGAGAUCCUUGUAUUGCGCCGGGAAUGAGAAGAUGAUGGACUUGAAUGCCGCGACCGAGCUAGACCCGACCCUCGUGUUUCCGUACAAGUACCGAGCUGUCAUGCUGUUGGAGGAGGACAAAAUCGGGGCAGCGAUCUCAGAGAUCAACAAGAUAAUGGGCUUCAUGAUCUCACCUGACUGCCUAGAGCUGAGGGCUUGGUUCUUUCUCGCCCUAGAGGACUACGAUUCCGCGCUGCGGGACGUGCGGGCGCUCCUGACGCUGAAUCCGGACUACAUGGUGUUCAAUGGGAAAAUGCACGGGAACCAGCUGGUGGAGAUACUUAAACCUCACGUCCAGAAGUGGAGCCAAGCUGAUUGUUGGAUGCAAUUGUACGACCGGUGGUCGUCAGUCGAUGACAUCGGCUCCUUGGCCGUCGUACAUCACAUGCUAGAGAACGACCCCGGCAAGAGCCUUUUACGAUUUCGCCAAUCUCUCCUCCUCCUACGAUUAAACUGUCAGAAGGCGGCAAUGCACAGCCUGCGACUGGCUCGGAACUACUCCAACUUCGACCACGAGAGGCUUGUCUACGAAGGCUGGAUACUGUACGACACCGGCCACCGCGAAGAGGCGCUCGCCAAGGCCGAGGAGUCCAUUUCGAUCCAGAGAUCGUUCGAAGCGUUCUUCCUCAAGGCGUACAUCUUAGCCGAUUCGAGCCUGGAUUCCGAGUCCUCAACUUACGUCAUUCAACUCCUUGAGGAUGCUUUGAAAUGCCCUUCAGAUGGUCUCCGAAAAGGGCAGGCGCUUAAUAAUCUCGGAAGUAUUUAUGUCGACUGUGACAAGUUGGAUCUCGCGGCUAACUGUUACAUGAAUGCUCUCAACAUCAAGCACACGCGAGCUCACCAGGGCCUCGCACGGGUGUACCACCUCAAGAAUCAGCGCAAAUCCGCGUACGAUGAGAUGACGAGGCUGAUAGAGAAGGCCAAGAACAACGCAUCGGCCUUUGAGAAGCGCUCUGAGUACUGCGACCGCGACAUGGCGAGGAGCGAUCUCGCCAUGGCGACGCAGCUGGACCCAGUCCGGACGUAUCCAUACAGAUACAGAGCAGCAAUUUUGAUGGAUGACCAUAAAGAAGGCGAAGCGGUACAAGAGCUCACGAAGGCAAUUAACUUCAUACCCGAUCUGCAGCUACUCCAUCUCCGAGCAGCAUUCCACGACUCCAUGGGCAACCCCAGCGCCGCCUUAAGGGAUUGCGAGGCAGCCCUGUGUCUAGACCCCGACCACGUCGAGACGUUCGAGCUAUACACCAAGGCAUGGGAGCGAGCUAAGGAGCAGCAAAAAUGA